UUGUUGUUGUCAUGGCGCAUGGCCUGGUUCGGAAAUACUCCAGAUCCAUUCGGAAGUGGAAGGAAAGAAGGGAGAACUCGGCGGAUCUCGAUGCAAGCUCCCUGGUACAGAACAAGACCUGUGGAGCACCUUGUAAAAGUCUGAGGCACAACACUCUGAUUGCCCCAAUCUGAUAGUAGUAUCGUCACUGCAAAGCGCUUUUCGCUGACUACUAAAAUUAUAAUUAUUUGAUGUUGAUUAUGCGGUGUACGUACAAGUAUUACGAAAGAGUCUCAUAAUAACGUCCUCAGCGAUGCCAUCACUUAGUAGUCAGAGGAAGGGACGAGGGAAGUAUGAGCGGGUAGCUACAGACGAGCGGCACACCGGGAGCAGUGAUGGUGAGGAGACAUUUCAGACAGUGCAACUGUCCAGCGGAGACUCAAAUGACGAUGGUGUGGACUCUGUCAAACUCCGAAACAAUCCUACUAAAUACUGCAGUGCAUGGAAGUUGCCUCGCUCAGGACGAGCGUCACACAAACAGCAUUACACGUUCAUGGAGGACCUUCUUGAUAUCAACGCUUUGCCGGCUAAAAUUCAUUAUCUACUGAUGAACUUCGGAGGUGGAUUCUUGGUGCCUUUCUUGCCUGUAUAUUAUCGUCAGCUUGGUUUAACAGUUGCACAGGGUGGUGUGUUGCUCAGCCUCCCGUAUUUCAUCAGCUUCUGGGCAGCUCCGCUCUGGAGUGGUUUGGCGGACAAAUACCGGAGCCUGCGGCUUAUAUUCGUGCUAACUCUGCUGUCCUAUGGAGUGUUUCAUACGUGUCUAUAUGCUGUUCCAACAUCAGUUUCACCACCUGGUGCCUGCUUGAAGGAUGAUUAUGCUUGCCGCCUCCCGUUAAAUAGCACCCAUACACCUGAUCCUCCUCACACAUCAUCUGUGUACUCCUUGUCGCCAAGUGUGAAUUCCUCAACAGAACCCUCAGCCCAUUUACCAGUCACUAGUGCUAUGCCCGAACAACAGGCAACCGGUAUAGGUGCAGCUGACCAAGUCAUUUCAACUGGAGGUGAACAAGAUCAACUCAGCAGUCCUGGACAUACUGCUGGUAGAAGUGGACUGCAAAGCAAGAACGUCAGCAGUGUGCCUACCAUUGACUCCAAUGCGCGUACCCGAGCAUUUAUCCUUGCAACCUUCCUGGUUGCACUGGCGCACCUCUUCGGUGGAGCCCUUCAAAAUCUUAGUGAUGCAGCCGUUCUUAAACUUGUCGAUAGCGGCAAGCAAAGUGGAGAAUCACGAUACGGCAAGCAACGGCUAUGGGGUGCGGCAGGCUAUGCACUUGGUAGUGCUGUUUCUGGAUCUUGGGCUGCCGCCGCUGACGCAAAUAGCUGCGGUGAAGGCGAGUAUGCUAUUCAUUUUACAGGAUUCAUGAUUUUCAUUGCUCUGUCUGCAGUCAUCAGUGGCAUUUGUCUAUUUCCAGCACGUCACACACCCCAGUCUCGAGGGAAAGCGCUAUCGCAUGCUCAACAGGAGUCUGUUAAUGUUAUGAGUGGACUGCGGAUGAUCUUUUCUCGCCCACGGCCAUGUGCUGUUUUCCUAGCCGUGUUCAGUCUGGCUGUAGCGAGAGGCUGCGAUUUCUUUCUGGUUUGGUUCUUGAAGGAGCUUUGUGCCUCAGAGUCGUUAGUUGGCUGGUCAAUUUUCAUGAUUGCUGGUUCGGAAGUUCCCAUGUUCUUAUUCUCCGACAGGAUUAUUGCUAGACUUGGUCACUUUCGAACGCUUUAUGUUGUCUUUGCCCUUUUUGUGGUUCGAAUUUCGUUUUAUACGAUGUUGACUACAACCAAUGUGGGGUGGGUUUUGCCAUUGGAAAUGCUACGCGGCUUGGCGUUCUCUUUAGUGUGGUCGUGUGCUGUGCAGUAUGCACGUCGUAUUGCUACGCCUGACCUGGAGACGACCUUUCAAGGCAUACUUGGUGGAAUCUGGUAUGGUAUUGGUGCUGCAUUUGGCGGUGUUUUCGGCGGCAUCAUCUAUCAACAGCAAGGCGCUCGCGUCAUGUUUGGCCUCUCAGCUGGGUGGUGUGCUAUGUCUGCCCUGCUGUUUGCUGGCUCACAGUUUCUAAUCGACCGUAGAGAAAGCACAGAGCGUUUGGAAGCUGAGCAGAAUGACUUUGUCGAUAGUGAUGACAAUAUCGAGUUUGACCAGGCGAACGUCAGAUCGUACCGUGCAAAAGACAGUGACACAAGCUGUGCUGUGACUGAAGCCGUGACUGACUCGCACAAUGGAAGUAAUGGUGCGCAGCAAUCCAAUGGCCAAUUUGAAUCCGACCUAAAAGAAACCAGCUUGGAAGUUAGUGAAAGGUAAUAGAAACUUGAAUAGCUCCUUGUGCUCGUAUCACUUUGAAUAUUCGAACUGUGUCACAUGUCCGUUGUUAUCUCCUUUUUAUCGGAACGCCGGUUCUAUCCUUUGUGAAAUGUUUUAUCUUAUUCCAUUCAAGAAGUUUACUGCAGAGUUUAUCCAGCGGCUUCAAAUGUGGAGAAUCUUGCUGUUAGCUACAUGUGCAAAAUAUCUUGUACUCGUGUAUUUCUAACGUACGUUACUCGAGAUUACGCUAUUCGACAUGACAUUUUUUAUCAUCGACCGUGCUCUGCUUCUCUUUAUAAAGAUUAUACUUUUACGAGUACUUGGUGAUCGUGCCCUCCUGAUUCUGCCUUCUCAAAGGUUUGUGUUGCAAUUUUUUAUCCAGCUUGCUCUAUAUACAUGGAGAUCCUGCUGAUUUACGAGAAGUGUUGCCUGUGUAUAACUGUAACGGUGUGUGAAACUCCCAGCUGCAGCCUAAACUAACAACUUCCCGACUCAGUGAAGACUUCUGCAUCAUUGAAAGAAUUUAAAUUUGAAUCUGAGGGCCUGCUGAUGACUGAGUGCACCAUAAUAAUAAUUAAAAAACCUAAUCAAUAUAGCUUUUCGGCUGUUUCCUUUUCAUGUAUACCGGUAUAAUCUUCUCCUUCUUUUACCAUGGUUGGCUAUCACCCA